AUGCCACAGGACAUCCUCUCUUGGCUCCUAAAAGCCACGAACGAGGGCGAUAACACUGCGCCACCAACUCGUAAAGCUCUUGAGGACGAUGUCCGCUUCAUGAUCAUUGCCGGAAGUGAGACAAGUGCCACAACCGUAGCGUACGAACUUUUCUUUCUGGCCAAGUAUCCCGAGAAGCAGCACAAGCUACGCGAAGAGCUCUUGAAGUCCAUGCCUGGUGGAGUAUCAGAUUGGUCCUACGCCAAAGUCAAAGAAGUAUCCUACCUCGACGACUUCAUAAACGAGACGCUCCGCCUCAAGCCGCCGAUUAUGCUGGGAGUCCAACGUGAGACUUCUGAGAAAGGCCUCCGCAUUGACAGCGACAUCUACAUUCCGCCACGGACGACCGUCAUGGUGCCAAUGCAAGCUAUACAGAAAGAUCCGCGUUACUGGCCACAAGCUGAAGAGUUUGUUCCUGAGCGAUGGAAUGAGCGCAGGAAAGAAAUGGGCACUGACGAUGCACCUUUCUUUGCGUUUUGCAUGGGUCCGCAUUUGUGUGCUGGGAAAAUAGUGGCAUAUAUCAGCAUGAGAACCGCGUUAUCUAAGUUAGUGAUGGAGUUCGAUGUGGCGUUUGCCCCGGGCGAGGACGGUGUUGCGUUUGAUACGCUAGAGCUGGAGACCUUCUCGACCGUUGUUCCGCCGUUACAGCUAGUGUUCACGCCACGACAAUGA